UAAUAUAUCAUCCUGCUCCGAGCAGCAAGCACCGAGAGGCGAGAGCCCCCUUUCCUCUCCCGUCUUCAUCGUCUCGCUUGCUGUUCACUUCGCUCCCAAAUGGAAUCUCUCAAACCCCAAGCGGAAGAUCCACCAUCGUCGGCGAAGCUUUCCGAUCGCCCUUCUUCCCAUCGGCGAAGCCGCGGCGCGCCCGAUCCCAUGGUUUCCCGUGUUCUCCCCGAUCGAGCGGAACCAGAGCGGGGAGCGUUUCGGGUAGGCGACAUGGUCUGGGGCAAGCUCAAGAUCAGAACUUGGUGGCCGGGUAAGGUCGUUGAUCCCUCGUCGGAAAUCGAUUCCGAGACCAAAGUCCUCGUUUCCUUCUUCGGCGACGCCGAAGACGUUGCAUGGUUGGAGGCAUCAAAAGUGAUACCUUUCGAAGAGGAUUUGCUGCGGAUGCUGAGGCAGAGUACCACCGCUCGCUUCGUGAGUGCUGUCAAGGACGCCUUGGUCGAGACGGAGUAUCGAUUGAUGUCGGAGUUGUUCUGUCGUUGCUCGACGAAUUCGAUCCUUGAAUUCGUUGGAAACUGUUCGAUCUCCAAUUAUUCGCCUGAACAGUUCUGUAAGCGUCUACUUGACGCUGCUAAAGAUGCUUCAGGCGUUGAUAUGUUUGAGGUAGUGUUGCUGCGUUGUUGGGGUUUGGCUCUCCGUCGACAGAUUCAAUGUCCGACCGACUUAGUGGAGACUGAUUACCCUCCAUUGGAUGCUCCAGCGGCCAUCGAUGAGCUUCAACUGGAAGGCAAGGUGAAUUGUAGCAGGGUGGUGAAAGGGCCGCCGAUCGCAGAGGCCUCAAAUCACAAGAAUAAAGAAAGGAGUGUUGCUGAACUUAUUAUUGCUGGAACAGAUCCGGAAGUAGCACAAUCACUCGAGAACAUGGACAAAAUUUCUCCUUUUCAUUUGUCAAGCACGUCGCAAUCAUCCGAAUCACCAUUGCCAAAGAUGAAAGGUGAGAAAAGAAGAACUUUUGGUGUUAGGAAUGACACUGAGUUGGAUAAACCAAACUCCCCACGAUUGUCAUCUGAAGAACAAACGAAGAAUGAUGGCAUUUUGUUUGAGAAGGAGAGGAGAUCUAGUGGACGAGAACACAAAAGAAGCAAGUACUUGUCGCCUCCCUAUGCCGUUGAAAUUGAUGUUAGACGCUCACUUCCGAUGAACAAUGCAGUAGAGAAAAACCCAAUCAAAGUGACCGAAGAGUUCUAUGAUUGCGGCCUUGACAAUUCUACGAUCUGUGGCAGUAAACCCUUUAAGUCGAAGGAGCAACAAUUUGCGCAGGCGACAACAGAAAUCUCUACGUCAAAGAGGAACAAGAAAACCAGUUUGGCUAGUAAUGAAGCUCCUACCAUCAAAGGUGCUGAUGCAACUGUUCCUAUUGAAGCAGGUAAAAUUCAAAAGAGACGGAAGAUGAGGCAUGGUGAAACUGGUUCUGAAACUACAUUGGCAAACGGAACAAAAAGAGUUGGCAUUUCACAAGAGAAGGAAAUGGGGGAGAGUAGUGCCAAUUUGCAGAUCGACUUAAAUAUCAAUGCUAAAGAUGCAACUGAUGUAAGAACUCCAAGUAUUGUUACUGGCAUUGUUGCAUGUUAUCCAGAGAGUAUCAGUUCUCAAACUAAGACAUCACCUGUUACCAAGUCUCCACUUCCAUAUGUGAGGAAGAGCCUUGAGAGGAUGAUUUCCAAGCUCACUGGGUUUGUGCCAGCUGAGAGUGAAGUAGGAUCUUCUGACGGAUUGAAGCCGGAGAUGAUCGACGAUUUAGUUGCUGACAUGGAUGGCCUUCUGAAGAAAGUCAAUAGGCUUCUUGUAGGACCUCCUGGUAACAAAUAACCUUGCUACUGCUUGUAUAUUAUGUCAUUUGAGAUGUUGUCAUCUUUGGAUCAUGAUCAUUUCAUUUGACAAAAUAAAUUCAAGCUAAUUAGAGUUUGCUUUGCUCAUGUGGGAGAUUCCAUACAUAUAGUUUAGUAGUUGUUCUAACAGGUUGGUUAGUACAUUUUCUGGGAGAUUUUAAUGUU